AUGAACUAUAUUUGUUUUACAGAAAUGGAAAUUUCUCACUCUCAGAAAAUCGGAAUUGCAGAUCCGGCUUUCAGAGCUCGUGAGGAUGAUUCUGUUAUUGCAAUACCAAACAUUAAGGAGCAAAUUCUUUUUUCGUGGCAUGGAAUCAGCGUAUGCUCGACUUUGUCCAAGGGGACUCAAAGGCAAAUACUGUCCAAUGUUUCUGGUUGGAUGAUUGCCAUUCUUGGGGCAAGUGGUGCGGGUAAGUCGACACUGCUAAAUGCACUUGUGGGGCUGUGUAAAAAUGACAAGCUCGCCGUUACAGGUACCAUCAAGCUGAAUGGCUGCGAUCGAGCAUCUCUGCCGAUAUCAAAAUGGAAGCGGUGUGUUGGAUAUGUUGAACAGAAUGAUCUUCUAUAUCCUACGCUCACUGUCAAGGAGACCCUUUCCAGAAUGGCUUCUCUUCAAUUAUGGAGAACUUUGUCAAAAGCGGGCCAAAAGAAACUUGUAUCUCAGAUAAUAAAGUCUUUGAACUUGGAGCGGUGUUCUGAUUCUCUUGUCGGAGCUUUAGGCUCUGGAAUCUCUGGCGGAGAGAAGAAAAGGCUUGCAAUAGGCCUGCAAUUGAUUUAUGAUCCGUGUAUCCUUUUCUUGGACGAGCCCACGUCAGGACUGGAUGCUCACACGUCUCUUCAGGUUGUCAGUACUAUUUCAGAGAUCACGGCUGACCGUCCUUUUGCUUCAUCAAAGGCUGUCAUCAUGACCAUCCACCAGCCAAGGCUGAACAUUUUGAAGCUAUUUUCAAGGAUCCUUCUGCUUUCGCCCUCCGGUGGAAAUUGCCUAUUUUUUGGAAACAUCGAUGAAGCGAUAAGAUACUUUGAUACGAUUGGAUUUCCAUGUCCCGCUCUGGAAAACCCAGGUGACUACUUUAUAGAUGUGAUUGCAGAACAGCCGAUCCCGCCGUUCGUCGUUGAAUGUCCACAAGUUGAAAGGCAGCAUGACAUUAAAGAUGUGCUGUCUUCAGAGCUGCAGCAUACUUCUGCUCCUUUUUUUCUGCAACUGCGUGUGUUGCUGUGGCAGAAUUUCGUAACCGUAAUUCGCGAUCGCUUCAUGAUAUUUUCGAUCUUUUUCCAAGCUCUUAUUUUUUCCUUGCUGAUUGGCUUUACUGUUUUCCAGCUUCCUCUUACACAGCCUUCGGUUUUGGCGAGGCUUGGAAUCCUUUUUUUUCUGUCCGUAAACACUUGUUUCGGCAUUGUGCAGCCCAUCAUCAUCAUAUUGCCCCUGGAAAAGGGAAUCGUAUCUAAAGAGAGAUUUUCAAAUUCUUACUCUUCCGCAGCGGCAUUGGUGGCAAAGUUUUGUAUUUUGCUCCCUCUUCGGAUAGCUUCAAUUAUUUUUCUUUCUGUACUGCUGUGGCUCCUUGCUGGACUUCAUCGCGGUUGGGAUAAAAUUUGGAUUCUUCUUGGGAUAAUGUCAUCCCUGACAUUUGCAGCGGUCUCUCUGGGAUUGUUUAUUGGCGCCGUGUCGCCUUCGCUUAAGGUAGUAGUGGUCGACAUUUUUACCCCAAAAUUUGGCUUUCAUUUGAGAAUCGUUUUUCCUCGUUGGAUAUGGCACAUCUCUCAAAUAUUGGCCCCACUGAUCAUAUCGGUGUUUAUGAUAUAUGGAGGAAAUAUGAGUCCCGCCGUCCUUGUGUCCAAACCUCUUGCCUGGCUUCAAUAUAUUAGCCCGAUACGCUAUGCUUAUACCGCAUUGUGCCAGAAUGAAUUUAGGGGUCUCAAGUUUUCUGGAGUUGGAUAUGAAACUGGGGAUUCCGUGUUGAGUGUCAUGGACAUGGAUCGAUACUCGAUUGGAAUCAGCGUGCUAGCCCUAAUAUGCAUUGGGGUUUUGCUGUUCGUUGUAUCUUUGGUUUGGUUUACCUUUUCAACCCGCCCUCGUAUUAACUUGAAAAUCAAGCCCAUUUCCCCCCUUUGA